CGGCUUCGUAGAUGAACAAGGGGCAGAGAGCGCCCCAGGGCAAAGUCUCUAAGCGACUUGUUGCCGUGCAGACUGGGAUGGCCAGCUGCUGAUGCCAUGGUGCUCUGCAGCCAGUGUCCCAAUUCCACAUCCCUGUUUUUCAGCUUGARGCAGAAGGCUGCAGGAGCACUGCUGCAGACAAGCCACGUGUCCAAGUGAGAAGCAAGGAGCCAGUUUUGCCAAGCAGCCAGAGGAGCGGGCAGCAGGGUGGCUCCAGGCCCAUCUGACCCCACAGCACCUCAGUCUCCCUGGGGCUGGGCCCUCAAGAGGAAGCUGCUGCCCUCACAGGAGACUUCACAGUAGUGGAGAGAGACAGAGAGGACAUGAACAAGAGAAUGGGGCUGCUACAGCAGAGGCGUAUGGGGCACCUGCUCUGCACAUUGAUCCUCCUGCAAGCUGCAGGGGUCUUGGUCUUGAUGUUUUAUGCGCUACUGUGGGAAGCCGGGAAUGUGGUCAGUCUCCCUGAAAAGCGUAUCGGCUUUUACAACUUCUGCCUAUGGAACGAGACAGCGGGGGAGCUGCAGUGCCUGCAGUACAGGCAUCUGCAGGUGAUGGGCAUCAGCCUACCAGGAAUAGUCCUAGCCAGGGUUUGUGUGUACUCUUGCCUCGUCUUCGGCAUCUUCUACCCCCUUUUUGUUGCACAUGUGAACUGCAUGGAAGACACAGAGGGCUGGAAGGUGAUCCUCAUCAUACUUGUCGUCAAGCUGAUGAUAUUGUCCGGAGGCCUGGGUACCUUCCUCUUCCAGACCUCACGUUGGAUUCACCUCUUUGAAUUCACUGGGGGCUUCCUGGCACUGCUUGGGGCUCAGACUCUGCUGCUGCUCCAGAUAUUCACUGCCACUAUGUAUCUUAGGUGGGCCCAGCCUAAGUACCCAUGUCAGAGCCCUUUCCCUUUUGAGAUUUGAAAGUGGAGAAGUUGCAAAAGCUAAGAAUUGCCUGAUUUAGAAUAAUAUUAGCACUACACCUUUUAUAACUGUCAGGGAUUUAUCUCUAGUCCAAGUGCUCAUGUCCAACCAUGCUCCAACACAGAGCUGUGAUUGCGGGGCUGGCGCUGGCAGCAAUCGUGCAGCAAACGGGCAGCAGGCACCAACAGCCACAGGGCAGUGUGGAAGCUUCCCGGGAAUGGCAGCACAUAACACACCGCAGCCUGGAGCUUGGCACCACCACGACACUGGCCACGACCCUGAGGACAGCAAAGGAGACAGAUCAGACCCACCACAAGGCAGAUAUUUCAGUCAGGCCAUGUCUGGCCUAGUGUAGGCAGCCAGAGAAGCAGAACGGGCUUGCUUUCCUGGAGCUUUCCCAAGACGCUCAGCUGCUUCUCUGCCUCCUGGAUAACCAGGGGACUUGUUUAUUUGGGUGAGGUGGCUCUUGUCCAAAUCYAGCAGCAACAUGUCCCUUGAAGGGCAUUUUAAUCAUUUGCUGAACACAGCCAUGAUGAAGAUGGCUUCCCAGAGGAAGAACUGGAUUUUGGGGCAGACCCCCAGGCCCUCAUUGACACUAUGGAACUGAGCCCAGCACUCCAGCAGCAUCAGAGACUCUUAGCAGAGACCCGUCCUGGGUGGAAGCAGCCGCCUGCCGAGCUGUUUGCAACCUCCUAUGAAGCAGUCCUGGCUUUCAGCUGUGUCCUUUCUGGGCACACGAGGGCCCAUCUUUUCAUCUCUCCUUCCAUAGGAUCUUGGU